CCCCCCCGCCAUGCUCCCCCAGCCCCAUCAUUGCCCCUCGUCCCCUCCUUCCUUGCUCCCUCCCUUAAUCUAAGCAGCAUUCGCGAGGGGUUGAAGAAUCUAAGGCUGAGAGAGUAUAUGAUUUGCCCAGUACCCCACAGUUAGUAAGUGUCUGAAAAAGGAUUUGAACUGAAGCCUUCCUGCCUCCAUAUCCAGCAGUCUAUCCACUAAGCCAUCUAGCUCCUUAGAAAUUUCUUUGUGGCUCCAUGACUUCAAGAUUUCCAACCAUGCGCCAGUUGACUGUGGCCAUUUUACACCGUCCCAGGCCCCAAAGUAAGGUAUCUAUAGGGUCUUUGACUUUGGUAUUUGGGCUUUCCAAACCCAAAUGCAUAUCCAGGAUAUUCAGAGGGAUAAGUGGUGAAUUAACAAGGUGAGUUUUCUCAGGAAGAUCAAGCUCCCAAGCUUGGUGGGGGUAUGGACACUCUCAGAAGAUGCCAACCAAGCCAGUGAUAAUGGAUCCUAAGCAUUCAGUUUCCCAGCAGCCAGUAGCCUGUGUGAGUCCACAAUCUGAUACAAUGCUAAAAGAAGCAGGGCUGAAGAAUGAAUUGCCUGAAAGGAAUGAGCCUUGUGGGAACACCUCAGAGUUUCCUUUCAAUAGACUCUUAAGACUUACGACUGAGGAAAUGAAAUUUAACAUGAAGGUCAAAUCCAUCACCCCCAAACCACCCAGAAAACCAAAGCUGGAGCGAACAUUUUCCUUAGAUGAGAAAGGCUGGAGGAGGAGGCGUUUUAGAACAAGCCAAGAAAGCCUGACAGACCCUAAUGAGACAGGUUCAUCAUCUGGCUCCCUACAGGAGGUGACUACAAGUCCUCCAACUUUGACUACAUUGGCUCAUGAUGGCAGUCAUACUCCUCACAACUUCAGCAGCCUACAGAGCACCUCUUUGCAGGAUAUUCCUGAACCAGGAGACAUAGGAAAUAAUACAGAUCCCCCUUCCUCCUUGGAAAUUAUUCCUCCCACUGUGACAAGUGGUUCCCUGGAGCUUCUGCAUGGGGUUACAACUUCAUGGAACAAACUUAGACUUUCCAAAGUAUUGCCACCAUUAGCACUUCCCCCUUUGGAAUUGAAUGUAGCAUCUGAAACCCUAAGGACAACUAAUAAAAUUGACCCAGAUUAUAUAAAUUAUAAGCAUAACGCUCAAAGUAAAUUGCUCCGGCCUGGUAGUAGCCUGAGUGAUGGUAGAUUACAAAGCUGUGUGGUUUGUGAUAACUGUUCCACGACCUCUUUGAAGUCCGCAUUCAGCCUUCUUACACCCAUUUACUCAAAGGAUGUCAGAAACAGGAGCUAUAUGGAAGGAAACUUCUCAGCUAGUGGUGCCUUGUUGGGAGUGGAUGAACUAACCCGAUACUUUCCAGAUGGGAACUUGGGACUCUUUGUGGCCACAUGGAACAUGCAGGGCCAGAAGGAACUUCCAAAUAACCUGGAUGACUUUUUAUUACCUUCUGAAGCUGACUGUGUCCAGGACAUGUAUGUUUUAGGAGUGCAAGAAGGCUGUUCAGACAGGCGGGAGUGGGAGAUUCGGCUACAGGAAACUUUGGGACCCCAUUAUGUAAUGCUGUACUCAGCUGCCCACGGUGUACUAUACAUGUCAGUAUUUAUAAGAAGGGACCUCAUCUGGUUCUGUUCAGAAGUAGAAUAUUCAACAGUAACAACUCGAAUUGUGUCUCAGAUAAAAACCAAAGGGUCAUUGGGAGUCAGCUUCACCUUUUUUGGCACCUCCUUUCUCUUUAUCACAUCUCACUUCACUUCUGGUGAUGGGAAAGUAUCUGAUCGACUGUUAGACUACAGUAAAACUAUCCAAGCACUUACACUUCCUAAGAAUGUCCCAGAUACAAACCCAUAUCUAUCUAGUUCCUUGGAUGUCACAAGUCGAUUUGAUGAAGUGUUCUGGUUUGGAGAUUUCAAUUUUCGACUGAAUGGUGGACGGAUGGCAGUAGAGUCAAUCCUGAAACAGAAUCUGGAGAUGAACAUGUCAGAGCUACUUCAGCAUGAUCAACUUAUUAAAGAAAUGAAGAAAGGAUCCAUCUUCAAGGGGUUCAGGGAAGCAGACAUUCACUUUUUCCCUUCAUAUAAAUUUGAUGUUGGAAAGGACAGCUAUGAUAGCACUUCCAAGCAGAGGACGCCUUCUUAUACAGACCGAGUUGUAUAUAAAAGCCGUCAAAUAGAAGACAUCUACCCAAUCAAGUAUUCUUCCUGUCCUGGAAUCAAGACUUCUGAUCACCGCCCAGUGUAUGGUCUGUUCCGAGUAAAAGUGAAACCUGGGAGAGACAACAUUCCUCUAGCUGCUGGCAAAUUUGAUCGAGACCUCUAUUUAUUAGGAAUUAGAAGACGCAUUUCAAAGGAACUUCAGAAACAGCAACCACUUAAAGAUCAAAAAUCCAGUAUGAUUUGUACUGUUUCCUGAGAAAGCUGGCCUUGGAAGAACCUGACAAGCCAUCAGUAAGGGAAGAUCACCCCAGCAGGCCAAAUAAAUACUCCAGUCUACGUAUGAAGAGAACUCACUGAAAAAGACUGAAGUAGUUUUGUGUGUAAUCACCAUUCCAUCUUUAACGACUCACAAAGACAAUCUUAAAAGAACUGUUCUGUUCUCUGUAUCUUACAAAAAAACUGUAACACACUAGCUGUGAAAAUUCAGUAAUGGUGUGGUACCUAAAUUAUCAUUGUCCCAGGAAGGAUAGGUAUCCUGAGAAUCAUUUGGAUUUCUUGUAAAUAUAUAAAUCACUUCUAUUUGUAAUAUUUCCAUUAGGAGCAAGGCAAAUUAUCCUUAUUGACAUUUCAGGUAAUUCUAGCCUUUUUCAGGGUUCCUACAUUGUAUUCCUCCAGUAGUAUAUUAAUACAAUCAUUGGCACUCUGCUUUGGCAAACACCUGUACAGUUUGCCCUGAACAGCUUAUAUGAUCUAAGGCAGUACUUUAUUUCCUUAAUAUUUUCUGCCAAAGAGCCCUUUAAUACCUGACUAAAUUUCACUUAAAAAAAAAAGUAUUUGGCCAUAUGCCCCAUAGCUAGUGCAUCUUAAAUCUUGUAGGUACAUCUUUGUUUUUCCUACAUUUAGCCUCCAAAGAUAUAUCCAACCCCCAUAUAUAAAUAUAUAUCCUUUCCUGUGUACAUCAUUCCCCUAGUUACUAUUGAGUAGAACGCCACAGGAUAUUGAGUCAUUUGCUCAAUGGCCCACUUCUCCCUCACCCAGGGCAUUAGUUCAGGGGAGUAGAGCCCGUAGUUUAUCAGUUGUGCUUGGGGAAGUUUUAAAGGCUAACCUUGUGGCUUAGGUGCGCUUAGCAUUGUCCUUGGGACAUGAACCCCAAACCCAAGAGUCACUAUUAAGAGGAAAAGAGGCCAUGUUGAACAAUCUGGUUGCCCUUACCCUUACCAAAUGUGAGAAAUGACUGAAAGCCAACUUGACUCCAGGGAGGGGGAGUGCAUGAGGUGAUUCUCCAGGAUUGAUACAUUACAUUCAGCGUCAUCACAGAACUUCAUUAUUCAUCCUUAAGAAUUUUAUCAGCUACACAGGUUCCCGUGGAGGUCACCCCCAAGUGUCAUUUUAUGGAACUAGUUCAAGAUUUUUGGGAAACAAAGAAACAUUGUAGAAAGGCUACGUUUACAGAUGGACAUGUUUGUUCUGUUCAGGUCAUUUGCUUUUUUUUUUUUUUAAGAAUUUAAAAUCCUUUUCAUUUACUUGCCUAAUGGUCUGGAUAUUUGGAGUGUUAUUAUUUUGCACUAAUCCUGGAGAAACAACUACAGAUUUUUAAGAGGGUUUUUAAACUCAUAACUAUUGUUUUCUUUCUUGUCUCAUAUCCAAAAAAUGUUAUGCCUUGAAUAUGUGGAUUCAAUCUAGAUGUCUAAAUUAAUAUUUAUUUUUCUUAUUUAUAUUUUAAAAUAAAUAUAUCUUAAAAUUUA